GGGAAAAUCAUAGCUUCUUGCGAACGAGCAGCGCUAUCCUGCCUUUCCCACGUGCUGCAGCUCCUACGCAUGCCUUGUCAUCUAAACUCCAUUCUUAUGAGAAUUGGACAGUGAUAUUGAUGUUUCCCACCAUGCUGUAUCGGCCGAGCCGGCUCCGACACGCUAGUGUGAGGUUGCCUGCCCAGUCAUCUCAAACCUGGAAGCUCAGACAACUCCUUGAUUUUAACUUCAGUCUUAUCACGGGCACUUCCCCAGCGUUUCGUCUGCACGACAUUACCGGUACUUGUUGAACGACAUCUCAUCAUCUUCAACGACGGAAGACCAAAGGAUAGGAACCGUUGACUCGCCACAGACGAGAUGUCGCAGUCCGGAUUGCUACACCAAGAAUUUGCCGAUCAUGGCGCUCCUAAACGAAUGUUCAUUGCCUUCUUCAAAAGUCGACAAGUGAGAUUUUGGGCCCUCUUUGGGGUCGGUCUCUAUCUCAUCCGGGCGUUCUUACUGGACUCAUCCAGACCGAGCAAGGAGGACUACGCCGCCACGAAUCCCUGGCGGGACCUCCCGACUGACUCGGCCGUCCAUUCAACGCUCCGGGAGGUGCUUCUCAUCAGCGACACGCUCCGAGACGGCAUGCUCCCGACCUCGCUCCCAGAUGAUGACUACGAUUCCUUCUCUGCCAUGCUACAUAACCUAGAGACCCGGCAAGAUGUCACCUGGCUAGUCAUCCAAGAGACCGGCGUCGACAGGACCAUCAUGGCCAUUGCCAAUCGUGGCGGACAUCACAGUCCUAUCCCAGAGGAGCCCCACGACUUACAUGGGCGUGCCAAGAAGCUUCACGGCCACUGGUCGGCUCUUGCUGCAGCCAGCGACAAGCCAGACCGAUGGGAUGCCCGGUUCGAUACCACUUGUCUCCCACCGCUGGCUGCCAGACAAGGCAUCGCGUCCGGUCAAAAGGCAGGCUCCUCGAAGCUAGACUUGACUCCAGCGCAGAAAGCUGAGGCAGAUGCCAAGUACAAGGCCUAUCGCAAGCGCAGAGAUCGCGCCGUGUCGUAUCUCAGAGACCACCCCCCUAAGCCGAUGGCUUGGGUGCCAGUCGAGACGACCCCGGAGAAGAGCCGCGACUUCUGGAAAUCACUCUUCAGUGACGGCAUUGUCAAGACCGGGCGUAAUGUUGAGGGAGGGAAGCUGGCGAGCAACCCGGGGUUCAAGCCCGUCUACCGCGAUCUUAUCACUGAGCGAGUACCGUAUGACUGGGUCGACCCGGAUGAGCAGGCGAAGGAGUACACCGAGACGGAUCACUUGAAGGAGAUGGAGGCCUUUAGGGAAGAGUCCCGGAUCAGGAAGGAGAGGACGGACAAGCAGGCGGCUUACCAGGAAGAACUCAGGGCUGAGGAGAGACGCAAGCGUGGAGAGAAAGAAGAGCUCUGAUGACUUCACCGGUGAAUAGAAUCAAUCUCAAGCCCUGUGU